AUGCCACUCGGGGGGUCUCUGUGCGGUGCCACCGGCCUGGCACUGCUGGUGGCCGCCACUGCCACCCCGUUCUGGGCACAGCGCCGGGCACCGGGGGGCACGGCCAGCCUGGGGCUGUGGCACGGCUGCCUCGGGGGACAGUGCCACCCGCAUGCCACCACCCCAGGGCUGCUGUCCCUCCUGGGGCUCGGGCUCGGUUCUGGGGGGGCUCUGGCCCUGCUGGGGCCCCCCCGCAGCUCCUGGAGCUUCUCCUGGUCCUUCAUCCUGGCCUGGGUGGCGGCGGCGCUGCUGGGAUCGGCCGGGAUUUUCCACAUCUGCUCCGCUUCCAAGGACCCCUCCCCGGAGAGCUCCGAACCGAGCAGCACCGGCCCCUCCGCCGCCACCGGCCCGGCUCGGCCCCGGUCCCGCCCGGCUCAGCCCGGAGCGCCUCGGUGCGUCCCGGUGGCUCCCGGUGCGUCCCGGUACUGCCCGGAGGGAGCCGCCGAGGCCGUGCCCGGUUGUCCCGGCGCUGUCCCGGCGCUGUCCCGGCGGUGCCGGUGGGGCCCGCUCCGGUCCGGAUGGUGCUGCCCGGGCCCCGAGCGGCGCCGUGAGCCCGGAGCGCUCCGCAUGGAGCCCCGCGGGAUGCCCGGGGCGCCCGUGCUCCUGCUCGGCUUCCUGCUCGCCGUCACCGGUAAGGGCUCACGGGAUACCGGGGCUGGCACCGGCACCGGGAUAAAGACCGGGAUAAAGACCGGGAUAAGGACCGGGAGCGGCUGCGAGGGGUCCCGGGAGCGGGAGCGCUUCCCACGGUUCUCCCCGACCGGCAUCGGGGCUCGGGGGUACCGGGGGCACCGGCAGCUCCCGGAGGGGCCGAACCGGGACCGGGACCGGGAUGGGGUGGUGGGGAGGCACCGGGGAUCCCACGGAGCGGGGGUUGGGGUGAAACCGGGAGCGGCGGGGGCGCGCGCAGGCGGCGGCUGCAUGGAGGUGCCUGUACCCACACUCAGGUGCCACACUCAGGUGUCACUCAGCUGUCCCCCCAUGUCCCCGCAGGUGGUGGCCACGUGGAGGUGCCUGUACCCACACUCAGGCGGCGGCCGCGUGGAGGUGCCGCGCAGCGUGACGGCGGUGCUGGGCCAGGACGUGGUGCUGCCGUGCCGGUACCGGGCGCAGGAGCAGGAGCAGGUGGUGCAGGUGACGUGGCUGAAGCGCGGCGGCGCGGGCGCGGUGCCCGCCGAGGUGGCCGUGCUGAACCCGCAGCACGGCGAGCACGUGCAGGAGCCGUUCGUGGGCCGCGUGCUGCGCCACGGGCACGGCGACCUCGGCGACGGCGCCAUCGUGCUGCGCAACGCCGUGCAGGGCGACGAGGGCGACUACGAGUGCCACCUGAUCACCUUCCCCAUGGGCAACUUCGAGGGGCGCCUCACGCUCAGGGUGCUCGUGCCACCGCUGCCCAUCCUGAACCCGGGCCCGCCGCUGGAGGAGGGCCAGGGCCGGACGCUGGCGGCCUCGUGCACGGCCGAGGGCAGCCCGGUGCCGUCGGUGCGCUGGGAGACCGAGGUGCGCGGCACCAACGCCACGCGGCGCUCGGCCCACGCGCGCUCCGCCUCCGUCACCAGCGAGUUCUUCCUGGUGCCCGGGCGCAGCAUGAACGGCAAGAGCCUCACCUGCGUGGUGGCACACCCCGGCCUGCGCCACGAGAAAAGGAUCACGCACACGCUCAGCGUCGCCUACCUGUCGGACGCGUCGGUGCUGGGCCACACGGCCGAGUGGCAGGAGGGGAUGGAGGGGGCGGCGCUGACCUGCCUGGGGGACGGCAACCCCCCCCCGACCUUCAACUGGACACGGGUGGACGCGCCGCUGCCCGCGGGUGUCAGGGUCAAGGGGGACACGCUGCUGUUCCAGCGGCCGCUGGCCGUGGCCGACGCCGGUGACUACGUGUGCCGAGUGUCCAACCGGGUGGCCGCCAAGGAGGCCCGGGCCAACGUCAGCAUCCGGGGACGCGCCACAGAGGACACGGUGCGCCGCGUGGACCUGGUGUCGGCCUCGGUGGUGGUGGUCGGGGUCAUCGCCGCCGUCCUGCUCUGCGUCCUCGUCAUCGUUGUGGUGGUCAUGACCCUGUACCACAAACGCAAAACACAGCGCAUCUCCGAGAAAUACGAGGAGGAGCUGACGCUGACUCGGGAAAAUUCCAUCCGGAGGCUCCACUCCAGCCACAGCAGCGACCCCCGGGCACAGCUGGAGGAAACGCUGCAGCUGCGCACGGAGAGUCGCCAGGGCAGCCUGAGGGGGGACAGCCUGCGAGGGGACAGCCUGCGAGGGGACAGCCUGAGAGGGGACAGCCUGCGUGGUACCAGCAUCUGCUCCGCCAUGAGCGAGGAGCCCGAGGGCCGCAGUUACUCCACACUCUCCACAGUGCGGGAGAUCGAGACGCAGACCGACGUCCCCGUGGUUGUUCCCGCUGUCCCCGCGGUGCCACCGGCGCCCGGCGGGAAGGAGCCCAAGGAGGAGGAGGAGGAGGGUGGGGGCGGGGGGGGGGACCCCAUCAAGGCGGCCAUGACGCACUUUGUGCAGGAGAACGGCAUGCUGCAGGCCAAGCCCAGCUCCAACGGCAUCUACAUCAACGGCCGCGGCCACCUGGUGUGA